AUGACUGCUAAAAUGGGCUCAAAGAUGGCAACAGAUUUGAGCGUGGCAUGGCCAGAUAUAACCAGUGCUUCAGGACCACACUCCAAGGAUGAGAUGGCAGACCAGAAAUGGCUCCUGUAUGGUUUGCUUUCUUUUGUGGGGUUGUCUCUACUCUUCAUUACCUGUUUUUGCCUGGUUUGUUCGCUGAGAAAGCACCAAGAGAAACAAAAGAAGUCCUUUGAUUCAACAGGAAGGGAAAUUAACUUGGCUGUUGUUGUUCAGCCCUCUGGGAGGGAACAAAAUGAAGUGAGCACCAGGCAAAAUUCCCAAAUACUGUCAUCAGACACUGGAAUUUAUGAUAAUGAACCCCAGUUCAAGAUACAGGAAAGGCCUGAGGUUUAUUCUAAGCCGUGCUUGGAGGAAAGCAAGGAGAACAUUGUUUAUGCUUCCCUGAACCACUCUGUCACUGGAAUGAACCCAAGACCAGUAAGAGAUGUGAAAGAAGCUCCUACAGAAUAUGCAGCCAUAUUCAGGAGGAGUUGA